UACCGUAAAUACAAAAAUUAGCUGGGUGUGUUGGCGGGCACACCUGUAAAUCCAGCUACUUGGGAGGCUUAAGCAGGAAAACUGCUUGAACCUGGGAUGUGGAGGUUCCAGUAAGCCAAGAUCACACCACUGCACUCCAGCCUGGGCGACAGAGCGAGACGCUGUCUCAAAAGAAAAAAACACCUCGUAUACAUUGGGCAAACAGGCCCCAUUGGGCAAACAGGCCCCGAGCAUCCCACGUGCACAGCCCCAGCUCCAGGCCAAAUCGCCUCCGCUCCCACUGACGUCACCACGGCGCAUCACGUGCCUCCCGAGGCCCCGCCCCCGCCGUGACGUCCCGGGCCUCGGCCCUGGUCCAAAGUCUACCCGCCUCCUUGUGACAGAAGUGCGACCGCCAGCUGCUGAGGCGUUCGGUCGUGCUGUUGCGGCCGCUGCCCCAGGGCUGCGAAGACGGUGAGUCGCCUGGACGCAUUCGGAGACGGCCUCUCGCGGGAGCCCUCCUCCCCAGGGGAAGGGUCUGGACGCCGGCUCCCCUCAGCUCCCGGAGCCCUGCCUGUUCCCUGUCCUUCCAGGCCAGCAGCUGAAGGAGCCUCACCUGCCUCCCUUCUCUGAGUAGCAAGGAUUUGAGCUUCCAAACAGGGAAGAGCAGGUGACUGCUGAGAGGAGAAGCAGUGAAGAUGUCCAACGAGCCUCCCCCUCCUUAUCCUGGGGGCCCCACAGCCCCACUUCUGGAAGAGAAAAGUGGAGCCCCACCUACUCCAGGCCGUUCCUCCCCAGCCGUGAUGCAGCCCCCUCCAGGCAUGCCACUGCCCCCUGCGGACAUUGGCCCCCCACCCUAUGAGCCGCCGGGUCACCCAAUGCCCCAGCCUGGCUUCAUCCCCCCACACAUGAGUGCAGAUGGCACCUACAUGCCUCCGGGUUUCUACCCACCUCCAGGCCCCCACCCACCCAUGGGCUACUACCCCCCAGGGCCCUACACGCCAGGGCCCUACCCUGGCCCUGGGGGCCACACAGCCACAGUCCUGGUCCCUUCAGGAGCUGCCACCACGGUGACAGUGCUGCAGGGAGAGAUCUUUGAGGGAGCACCUGUGCAGACGGUGUGUCCCCACUGCCAGCAAGCCAUCACCACCAAGAUCUCCUACGAGAUUGGCUUGAUGAAUUUUGUGCUGGGUUUCUUCUGUUGCUUCAUGGGAUGUGAUCUGGGCUGCUGCCUGAUCCCCUGCCUCAUCAAUGACUUCAAGGAUGUGACGCACACAUGCCCCAGCUGCAAAGCCUACAUCUACACGUACAAGCGCCUGUGCUAACGGAGCUGGGACUCGGGACUCCCCCGCCUGUCAGUCUGGCCCCCUGUGCUUUGCUCCCUGCGCUCAGUGGUCACUUUCCCGCUCCCACUUGGGGCUGGGAGCUGUGCCACCAUCCCCUAGAAGUCCUGUCCUCUUCGACCUGCCCUGCCCUGAGAAACUGACUCUUCUGGCAAAAAUUCUGUUGGGAUUUAAGGCCAAGGGUCAGUGGGUGGCAGGGGGCUGGCACUGAGCUUGUGUGUUGUUGGUCUGCUUGGUGUGUGUGAUCAGGAAGAUAAGCUGGGAGGGGUCUCCUGCUGGGGUCCUGAUUCCUCUAUUUCCAAACAAGGUACAGAUUCAGUCCAGAGUCUUUCCCCCUGGGACCAAAAGCAGCCAGAGCAGUAGCCAGUUAGUUCCCCAGGCCUGUGGCCACAGUUGUUUCUGACCUGCUGGGCCGAGAAUGGGUAAGUUGUCUGGAGUCAGGCGGACCCACGUAGCACAGGGUCACGAAGCCUGGGUUUGUUUCUGGGUACUUUGCGUCUCUGGGGUGCUAGAGGUGGGGCAUGGUGGCUGGAAGUAAAACUGCCAACUCUGGCCCUCAGAACUCUCAGGUAUAGAAACCCAGGGUGUCUAAUACCCUGUCCCAGUGCCCGAGAGCUGCCUGGUGUCAGGUAGAGAGGACAGUGUACCUGGGUGAGAGAUCAGACCCUGGUAGCUAAGAAGGAACUUGUCCCUUUGAAUCAGUGUGCAGACCCCCUUUCAGGCCAUGCCUCUGUGAACUCUGUAUUGCUGGGGCCGGAAGGAGCCCCUGAGCCUAGCCCCUUCCCGUCUGCCCUGUGUCCUCACUGCGUGUGGGUAUGACUUCUGCCCGGUGACUGGUGUGUCCCAGCUGGGCAAGACAUGGCAGAGGGUCCCCCCCUGUGGGUGCGCUUGGAUGUGCAGAGCCUUCUCCAUGGGUUUCCUUCCCUGUAAGUGCCGGGCCCCUUGCCCCAGCUGACAAGCUGUUGCUGUGCCUGCUCACAUCUGCUCCUGCAGGCCCACUAGGCUAGGGGCGAGGAAGGAGCAGCCACAAGUGGUAGAACUGCCUUGGUGGACACCAGCCUCGCCCUUUCUUUAUUUCCUGAAUGGUUUGUGAACUUGCUCACCUGGACUGCUGCAUCCUGCCACUGUCCUUCCUGGUCUCGCACUGCCACUGCAUGGCCUCCUGUCACUGUGAAUCGUGGCCCAGUCUCAGUUUGUAGUUUCUCAUUAAAUUGGCCCUUUCACUCCCCCGCCCUGGGCCUCUGCUCUCUU